UCACGCGGUCGGAUAUUGGUUCCUGGUUGAAAUCUUUCUUUGCGUAACAUUUGCGUGUAAACUACUACGGAAUUUUUUCAAUUUAAGAACCUUUUACUUACACUUUUAAGAAUGGUUUUUCUUCGCAUUGUCCGUGUCAUAAGCACGCGUAAAGCACGAAGUCUUCUAGUCGGAUUUGGAGCGUCGGCCGUAGGUUUUGGUACAACUUUUGCCUGUUCAAGCGUUGCUGCGCGAGAGAGGAAAGUGGACUCGUCUCAAUUUAUGGCGGAACCGUUAACAGACACAACCAGUCUGGAGAACAGUAUGGACGACAUGAAAAGCAGAAUGGAAGUGAUGAUUCUUGGCGUGCAGGCCGACAUUUGCAGGAGACUUGCGGCAAUCGAUGGACAAGAAUUUCGCGUAGAUCGUUGGUUGCGCGAGGAAGGUGGUGGCGGUGUAAGCUGUGUGCUUCAAGAUGGGAAAGUAUUUGAGAAAGCUGGUGUAAAUGUUUCUGUUGUUUAUGGUAAUCUGCCUCCAGCAGCUGUGGAACAGAUGAGAAGCAGAGGCAGUGAUCUUAAAGGAAACAAGUUUCCUUUCUUUGCAGCAGGAAUUAGUUCAGUUAUCCAUCCUCGCAAUCCAUUUGUGCCAACUCUUCACUUCAACUAUCGUUACUUUGAAGUCCAAGAAGAAAGUGGAAAGAAACACAGUUGGUUUGGUGGAGGGACUGAUCUUACUCCUUACUAUCUCAAUGAAGAGGAUGUAAAGCAUUUCCACCAGACUUUAAAGGACUGUUGUGAUAAGCACGACCCAUCCUUCUAUCCAAAGUUCAAGAAAUGGUGUGAUGACUAUUUUGUUGUCAAACAUAGAGGCGAAUGCCGUGGUGUUGGUGGUAUUUUUUUUGAUGAUCUUGAAAAACCCUCACAGGAAGCAGCAUUCCAGUUUGUUCAAGCAGGAGCUAAUGCCGUCCUGCCAAGCUACAUUCCUAUGGUGCUUAAACACAAAGAUGAUCCUUACACUGAUAGAGAACAUCAGUGGCAGCUAUUGAGGCGAGGCCGAUAUGUGGAAUUUAACCUUGUAUAUGACCGUGGCACCAAAUUUGGAUUGUACACCCCAGGUGCCCGCAUAGAGAGCAUCUUGAUGUCCCUUCCUCUGGAGGCCCGCUGGGAGUACAUGCAUGCCCCUGAAAAAGGGAGUAGAGAGGAGGAACUUCUUCAAGUUCUGCGGACUCCUAGAGAGUGGGUAGAGUAGGCAAUGCAUGCAUAACUUGUCACAGCUGCUACGGUAGACAGUUACAUAUUAUUCUCUGCCACUUUUCAUACACCUUCAUUUUCAAAAUACUGUUAGAUUGCUUAAUCCCAUUUUUAAAAAGAUUAUAGUUUACGUACUUAUUAGGUAUACAAUGCUUGCAGUCCAUUGAAGCUCCCCCUGUUUUAUUUUCUGCUUCUUUACUUGUUUUGCCUGCUAAAAGACGUUAGAAUCAUCAAUUGAAAAGCUUUAUGGAACCUUCCCAUUACAAAUCUGUAAGGUAUUUUUAUCUUGCAGAGAGAAAAUAAGAGCACAGGUUGCAUUUAAUGCCCUAUUUAAGAUUAAGAAGUAAAAUUAGGCAGGACACAGCUACAAUAAAAUGAUGACUUCAGUUGAUCAGGUUUAAGAAAGAAACGUUGGAAUUUAAAUAGCGCUUUAUCCUGUCAAUAAAUAGUUGAUAGUGGCCUUUCGUUAUCGAAGUCACUUUCGGUUUUAGCUGCAAAAUCUUCGUAGAUAAGGUGAAUACAGAAACAAACACCAUAAGAUGAAGAAAACUUGAAAAAAAAGAAUGCUGAUCGGAGCAAAGAAAAUAAAAUCAACUGAAGGAAAAAUACGCAAACAAAAUAGAUAGAUAGGUAGGAAUGCUAGAUUGCUGCGAAAGUGACACCAAAUAAUGUUGACGUGUAUUGCAAAAAUGAUCCUUCUCUCAGAUGAAGUAAGAGACGAUAAGAGCUACAGUGACAAGUACUGAGGCUGGAUUGAGCCCACAGUUUGUUUCUUGAGGUUGCUAGGCAACUGUUCGUGCCAUUUUUCGGUUAAAACGUGUCUUAAGUUUUGCUCAUGGCUCCAGUCUGUCCAAAGACCCUCUAUUUUUUCUUCGGUUCGUCGAGAUCGCAAGCUUAGCGAAAUAUUAACCGUGCGCCGUUGUAGGAUAUGAACGAGCCAAAACAAAGGAGUGGGGCUGAGUAUGGGCUGGGGAAAGACAAAAAGCCGUCUUGGCGGCCGCUCUCUCGCAUCGCUCGAGCUCUCGACGAAAAAUAACUCGUAAAAAAAA